GUUCACUUGCUGGCUACUACUGCUCCAUCGUUUCCCAAUCACUCUUUUCUCUCUCUAGGCCCCUUUACACUCUAAACCCUAAAUUCUCUCUCUUUUCUCCUCGCUUUUCCUUUUUCGUUCUUUUCACUGCACAAACUUUCUAUUCUUCCAAACAGGAAAAAGAAAAAAAAGCGAGGGAAGAAAAAACUGGGUUUAGCCGCCAUGAAAGAACCAGAAAACGACGACCCAAUUUCCGCUUCGAAGCUUCUUUUGGUUUCUCUUUUGGACCAAAUUCAAAACAUCAGCAAUUUCAAAGGCAAAUGGGGUUUGAUCAAAUCAAAGCUUUUGGGUCUCCAGAGUCAACUCGUUGACCUCUCUGAUUUCCCUUCUUCGUUAUCUAAUCCCCUUGCCGUCGACCUCAUUCAUUCCGUUUUUCUCACCUUGAACGACGCUGUUUCGCUUUCUCGGAAGUGUCAAAACGAUGGUUUGACCGAGGGAAAGUUGAAGACCCAGAGUGACCUCGACGCCGUUUUAGCGAAAUUAAACCGGCAUGUUAUGGAUAGUGAGAUUUUGAUUCGGAGUGGAGUGCUUCAAGACGGUGCCGUAUCGAGUUCUUCUUCGAAGAAAGAAGCAGUACGAGUUGAGUCGAGGAAUUUGAUCACUCGGUUACAAAUUGGGACAAACGAGUCGAAGAACUCAGCCAUGGAUUCUCUUCUGGGUUUGCUUCAAGAAGAUGAUAAAAACGUGAUGAUAGCUGUAGCACAGGGUGUGGUUCCAGUGCUAGUACGGUUACUUGAUUCAAGCUCUUUAGAGAUGAAGGAAAAGACGGUGGCCGCCAUUUCGAGGGUAUCAAUGGUGGAAUCGAGCAAACAUGUGUUAAUCGCUGAAGGGUUAUUGCUUUUGAAUCAUCUCCUUCGAGUUCUUGAAUCAGGAAGUGGUUUCUCAAAGGAAAAAUCCUGUAUAGCUUUACAAGCUUUAACUUUCUCUAAAGAAAAUGCAAGAGCAAUUGGUUCUAGAGGUGGGAUUUCAUCUCUUUUAGAGAUUUGUCAAGUUGGUACACCUGGUUCACAAGCUUUUGCUGCUGGGGUUUUGAAAAACUUGGCUUCUUUUAAUGAAAUUAAAGAGAAUUUCAUUGAAGAAAACGCCAUUUUUGUUUUAAUUGGACUUGUUUCUUCAGGGACUGUUUUAGCACAAGAAAACUCAAUUGGGUGUUUAUGUAACUUGGUUUCUAAUGAUUCUAAGUUAAAGCUUUUGAUUGUUAAGGAAAAUGGGAUUGAUUGUUUGAAGAAUUUCUUGGAUUCAUCUCCAAAUCCAAAAAGUCUUGAAGUUGCUAUUGAAUUCAUUAGGCAUUUAGCUUCUUUUCCCCCUAUUGCAGAAGCUUUAGUUGCUGAUGGUUUCAUUGCCCGUCUUGUAUCUGCUUUGAACUGUGGGGGUUUAAAUGUAAGAAUUGCAGCAGCUAAAGCUGUUUACGAGCUCGGGUUUUCCUUGAAAACAAGGAAAGAAAUGGGUGAAUGUGGAUGCAUUGCACCAUUAAUUAAAAUGCUAGAUGGCAAAGCUGUUGAAGAAAAAGAAGCUGGUGCAAUGGCAUUGUCGAAGCUCGUCUUAUACGUCGGUAACAGAAAGGUUUUCCACAAAGAUGAAAGGGGGAUAGUAAAUGUUGUUCAAUUAUUAGAUCCUUUGAUACAAAAUCUAGAUAAAAAAUACCCUGUUUCGAUCUUGUCCGAGCUCCUACAUUCUAAGAAAUGCAGGAAGCAAAUGAUUGCUGCUGGUGCUUGUGUGCAUUUGCAGAAACUUGUUGAAGUGAACAUUGAUGGAGCUAAGAAGCUUUUGGAGAGUCUUGGUAAGGGUAAGAUUUGGGGUGUUUUUGCCAGGCCAUAGCAAAUGGAAGGGAUUAUCUUCAAAGUGGGGCUCAUUGAACUGUAUGUAUAUCAUAAAUUCAUAGUUGUGUUUUUUUUCCCCUUUUGUUCAUAUUGGUUGUUUAUUUGCUUUAGAGCUGGUCUAUAUGUUUAGUGUAAUUGUUCAUGGAGAAACAACUUUGUUUGUAGUUUGUAGACAAAAUCUUUAGUUUUGGUGACAUAAUUAGUCUGGUUUUCAGUUUUA